AUGCGAACUCGAUCGAGUCAGUUUACAAAAGACUUGGUCAAGCUAGACUCCAACACGGGUAAAAGGAGAGUUCAGAGGACACAGAAGGUACAGGAGGAACCUGAGGUGCUUGUUGCUGAUACAAUGGAAGUCUUUUGGAGCAUUUUGGAGCAUAUGGGACGUGAGGAGCAAGGAAGGACUUGGUGCAUGGACGCAGCUCAACUAGACACGCAAAGGAAGAAGGAGGAAGCCACCUUGAAGACCAGCUCGACCACCUACUCGACCAUCCGGUCAAGUUCCUCAACUCGACCAGCCAAGAUCAACUCGAUCGAGCUGAGAAGUCAAAGUCAAACCCGAAAAAUGUUGCUUUUCCCUUGA